AUGACAAGUAUUGGGGUAGCAAACCAGGCAAUCCACGCUUCCGUCGCGGAUGAAAAGAAAGUAGAUGAUAUUGCCGAGCUUGCAAAGGAGACAAGCAAGCUUUCGGUCUCACAGAGUCGAGACACAAAGACUGCGUUUGAAUAUUCGGAUGAAGAAAUGGAGGCCAUCCAAGCGGUCUACGAGAAGUUGACAAAAGAAGAAAAUAUGGAAGGAAGCAAAAUUGGACUUCGGGCACUCGCAUUGACUACAAUUGUUUCAAAAUUGCGUGUCGAUGAGGCUUCAGAAAAGUAUUCAAAGUUCCUGAAGGCGUUGAAGACAGUCGACAUUGAUGGCAUUGCAUUCAGCGACACCGAGGUUGAUACGUACAUGGGAAAUCCGCAGGUCGCAACGCAACUGGCAGCUUACGCUGUUUGUGGCGAGGAUAAUGAAGGAAGAUCGAUUUUCUGGAUCAAGGGUAAAGAAAUCUUGCCUGGGGACGAGACUCAAGCAUGCCAUGCGGGUGUGCUCUACUGGCUUGCAAUUCAUGCGGAUGACAAAUCGCUGCACGAGGGAAUCACUUUUUGUAUCGAUACCUCAACUAAAACAUCAAUGUCGAAACAUGGUAAUGAGAGCAAGCUCCAGAAGAUUAACCAAUCUUACCCUUUACGACCACAGUCGAUCAAGAUCGCUGGGGCAAGCAUGGUGAUGAGAGUUGCCAUCAAUGGACUCUUAAAGGUAGCUUCUCUAUUCACAAAGCAAAAAAUCUUACAGAGAAUUCAAUUUGUGACGGUAAAGCAAGCUCUGGAGUCAAUUCCAAAGGAAUCUGCGCCGAAAUACCUUGGAGGUGAAGGUGGAAACAUCGAGAGUGAGGAGGCUUGGAUUGCUCAACGCAUCCAUUCAUUCCCCAUUCCUGAGAUCAAAAGAUGA